CCCCGCAACUUUUCCCUCAGUUCGUUCUCAGCGUCCAUCGCGGAGCCACGUCGCUCCGCCGCGCAACUUUACGAAACCGGUUAUUAUUUGAAAGUGCUAGGUGUGGCCUACCAGUGUUUUAUAGUGUCUGUGUUGGAUUUACUAUUAUCACAGAGUGCGCGCAGUGAGUGAGCAGGACAGCGGAACCGGUCGAAGGAUACGUUUUUUUUAAAUUGGUCUAGUUAUGCUGUGCUGAGUGAGUUUAAAAAGUUAAAGUUCCAAGAUGGCUGCUUUUCCCGCGUUUCUACUGUUGUUCGUCGCCGUCGUAUCAGGCCAAAUCCAAAUAACGCCCCGCGAAGCCGUCCGGCAAGUCGGAGAGAGCCUCGACGUGUUGUGCAAAGUCAACUACCCCAUCUCGUUCUGUCGAGUGGAGAUCGGGCGAGAGUCGUACACGAUCCCCAGCAACUCCCCCGCCCCAGGAGACCCCACCUACUACGGCAGAGGUCUACAGGAGGGUGAAUGCGGGGCCCACAUCACGAAUAUAAAAGAGGCAUGGAACGGAGAUGUGUACUGCUCGGUGCCACAACAGAUCGGCAGCCGGGAGAUCAAGCAAUCUAUGAAGCUUAUAGUUGCACGACCCCCUGGCAACCCCGAAUUGAUAGUUUCGCCGAAACAAAACGAGUUGAAAGAGGGAGAGACCAUCCGGGCGAUAUGCAGAGUGCCGCGCGGGCGCCCUGCUGCCAACAUCACCUGGCAUUUAGGUGACGAAGAAAUCCUGAACGGCCUGAAGCCCCCCGUCAUCUCCAACUCCUCGGAGCCAGGGCUGGAAGACGUGACCCAGGAGCUGAACAAGGUCCUGACGGCUGAUGAUGACAAGAAGCAGCUGGCGUGCCGCGUGUCGCACCUCGGACUCAAUAGGCCUCUGGAGGCCCGCAGGCAGCUUGAUGUGCAGUACCCUCCUCGCCGCGCCGACGGCAGCAGCGACGAACAGAUCACCAUCUUCGGCCUCAAGAUCCAAGAAGACGGUCGUCUCAACGUCACCGUCAGGUCCAACCCUGAACCCUCGGUGGAAUGGAAGGUGUCCGACGUUACCCUGGUGCCUGGGCACCCUAACAGCCAUCCGAAUGAGAACAGCGUGUGGACUGCCCUCCAUCCACUGCGAUUGCCGCAAGACGAGGUCCACGGCAGCGGCUACUACAACGUCACCCUCGUCCUGUCUCCCGUCACCAGCGAGGAUGUGGAGCGGAACUACUUCCUGACACUCUCGAACAGGCAUGGGGAGAAGCGGCUCAUGGUCAAGCUGAGCACCCUGGAGCAACCCGCUGGGAUGGAGCUGGAAGCCGGGGCGAUAGUUGGCAUUGUGGUCGGGGUCCUCAUACUACUUCUGGCCGUUUUCCUCGUGGUGUUCGCCAAGGCCACCGACAGAUGGUGCUUCGCAGGGUCGCCUCCCUUGGACGGGGACUCCGAGGCUCCGCUGCCGCCGCACGACGACGUGAAGGGCGCCGAGAACCCGACACACGACCACGAAUACAUCGGGAACGGGAACACGAAGAAACCCGACACCCCCGUCUAGGAGGCCUAGGAGGACUAGGAGACAAGAAAAGAUUUUGUUGGUUCAGUUGCUUGUAACCAAUUUAGGGCCAAUAGUAUUUUUUAAUAAAAUUCUACAUAACGAAGAAACCCGACUUAAGGAGACACGUCUAAAACUAGAGGUCUAAGUAAUUCUAGAACCUGUUUUGUUGGUUUCAAUUGCAACCAUUAAGUAAAAGUGGAACUAAAACCUUACUAUUGAAUGUUUUAGUUCCACUUUUACUUAAUGAUAAAAAAAGCAUACUUACACUUUAAAAAUUGGCCCUAAGUUUGUGAUUGGUGUCAGUGGAAUUAGUUAGCUUUCGGCUAACGAUAUAGCUUUCUUAACUUUUCCUUUUUCAAUGUCUUCGUAUUAUUUGUUUGGGUGACUAAACAUUUUGUAAAUUUUGAAUUGUAUUACUAUAAUAUACUUCGUUUUUUAGCAUUAUAAACAACUAUAGAAGGAAGCGUGCAGUUUUUAUCAGGCUCUUUAACUUUUAAUAAUAAUGGAUUUAUUUAAUGUAGCAUGGUCAAUACUUAUAAUUUACUUUAAAUUUUUACAGUAAAAAGUACCCGGUUUGGAACCACAAGCGAAGUUAUUUCUAAUGCUAAGAAAACGAAGUUUUUUUAUAGUAGGGAACGAUUAAACAUCUAAACUGUUCGUAAAAAUAACUGCAAAUAUGUGUAAGUACCUCUAAAUUCAAUAUUAUCUCUUUAGUUAUUUUUUUCCAUAAUUUCAACCCUUAACGCAUCAUUGCCAGCGCGGACUAUGUGCUACGUUAGUAGCCGAUAACACGUUUUAUCCGAUUUGUAGCAAAUAGCGCCUACGGACAGAGAACCCGCCACGCGGGUCGCUAGUAGUGUAUGUGUUAAAGUAAAUAUUUAAAUAAAGCCAUGAGCUUCGUUUAUCCAAUUCUUAAUUCUUAUUCAACUUUAAUGCACUAAAUUUAACUAUAAUUGACCAAAAAAUAUAAUUACUGUUUAAAGAUAUUUUGAUCUCGCAAGAGCGACAGUUACGAUGUAUUUUAAAUUUAAAUUUAGAUGUAUUUUACAUUUUAAUUUGAAUUUAGUUUCGUUUAGUGCCAGAUGUCUUUAGAGUUGUUACUUAUUAAUAUAUUCUAGGGUAAUAUGUAACAUUUAAAUCUGAUAAUUACUGACUUAGAUUUUUAAUAAAGAGAUUAUGCAGUUUGAAUAUUUUAAAAUUUAAUAAUUGAAUACAGUUUUAAAUUUAUUAUAAGUGUUUAUAUUUAAGCCUGAUCACAUUUUUGUAACUUAAGAAGAAAAAACUAGUUUAUUUUGUAGUAACAAUUCGGCAAUUUUUUUUAUUACACGAUUUAUUUUAUGUAACAACAUGACAUUAAUAUCUCAAUAAUAGUAAACAACGAAAAAUAAUCCCAUCGUAUAUAUGAUUAAGUAAAAUAAAUAAAGUUAAUAGGAAUAGUGUAAAGAAAUACAAAAAAAAUCUUUAAGUUUUAAAUAGGACAUAUUCGCUUAUAGUUUUUUUGCUGAGGAUUUCAUUUUAUGCAAGUUUUUACUUGCCCGACAGAUACAUUCUUAAAGUAAUCUAUUAAUAGUUUAAGUAUUAUGUUCGUACCACCAUUUUUAUGAAAUGUUUUGUACAUAAAUCGUAGUAAAAUAAACUCCAUUUGUACUUUAUACCUUUUUAAGCUUUUUAUCAUCUAUCUUUAGCUGUUUGAGUUUUUAGAUGGUGGGCAAGCAAACUGUCAAAUUUAUUUCUUUUAAUAUAAUGCUACAGAUGUAGUGCAUAAUUAUUUUCCAUCGUAUUUUUAAGGAAACGUACGAACGUGUCUUGCUAUUUCAGUCAGUCUCGGUACAAAAAGUACCGAGAUUGACUGAAGUAGCAUGACAAAUACAAAAGUUUCCGAGAAAAUAAGAUGGGAAACAAUUAUGCACUGCAUCUGUAAUAUCAAUUAUUGACUUUAUACUGUAGGUUACAUAUACGUUCACUUACUUAUAAUUAAUAUCUACCAUUGAAAAUUUAAAACAGUUUGCCUACACACUAGAAAAAAAAUCGUAAACUUUUGUAAAGAGUUUUUUGAAAAUUUAACUUUCACCACUUUUUUAUACUUAAGUAUAUUGAUUGUAACAUAUUGGUUAAAUACUUGCGUGCCUCUAGCAAUGAUUUUUGACUCAAUUUUGGUACAGAUCUUUACAUAGGUGUGUUAUAAAUAUUUAACGUAGUGGUUAAUAAACAUUUUAUAAAGUACAUAUACAUGACAAUUUUAAUCGUAAUGUAUUUGAAAUAAACAAAUUUUGUCCUUUUAUGACUGACUUCGUUGAAUGUUAAAAAAUAUAUACUUAAUACUAUAUAAAGUAUUUUGUUAUUAUAUAACGAAAUAAAAUAUAUAUAAUUGUAUAAUACGUUAAUAUAGAGCUUUUCAAUAAUUAAUGAAUUUACAGUAAAAAGAUCGCUAGAGGCGCGCAGCGGCAGCCAUUUUGUAUUUUUACAUCUUAAGUUAGCGCGAUAAGUCACCUCCAUUGUGAUUUAAUAGUAUUUCGAUUAAGGAUUUAUUUUUGUACCAGUUUAGUUUUAAUAAUUAGCUUUUGCAAACUUACGGAAGCCAAUCUCUGUACCAUCACACUGUUAACUAGCAAGUCGUCAAUCUUAUUACAAUGAUAUAAGGUACACAGUUGAUCAAUUAAUAGUGUCGCUGUAAUACCUCUCGCGUGGUAUUGGACCUAACGAUGGUCCCUAUGACAGUUCCUUGAAGUCUCUUUUGGUUGGGCUUAAUUUAAAGAAAUAUUGAAGAAAUAUGCUUUUAUCAUAUUUUUAUUAUUUUACAUUUCUAAAUAAAUGUGCUUAACCUUUAACUUUGAAGUUUAAAAAUGAGCUGUCAUAAUCAUUCGAUGCGAGAGGAGCAUAGUUAUUUAUAGUCUUAAAUAUCGACCCGGACAAGGAACAGAAAUAUGUGAACACUAAAUAAUAUACAUAUUUAUGACCUUGACUGUGUAUCAAUGUUGCAGAGAGACAAUUUUGUUAUCUACUAAAUACUCUAAAUGGGCAGAAAAAUAUAAUAGUACCCUGUUCCGAUGAAUCUCAUAUACCUACCUUUAAUAUUUGACCUUCAAAUAGCGACUUUUAAAUAGAAAUUGUCAUUUGCCAUCCUGUCAAAGUUAACAACAUCGCAAGUUUUCUGUUAAAAAGUAGCUUUUUGGAGCUCUGUUUAUAAUAUUUAGAUUGAAUUAAACCAACAGGAUUUAAUUUCACGGCAUUUGUAAAUAAUUAUGAGCAGAUCUAAUUUCAGUACAUUUUUCGCAUUAAAAUGGACACGAUAAACACUUUCUGUCAAAUUGUCAAUUAUGUAAACCUCCGAACACUGCCGUUUGACACUUUUGCAAAAAAGCUAGCUUCUCUAAGCUCAAUAUUCCUUAGCUUCGUAUCUGGUAAUAGGCAUUUUGACAAUUUUUAAAUAGAUAUAUUUAAUACGCGACUCGUCUGGACGCCACUGUGCAAUUAAUAAAUAACAUGAUUACUAUUUAAUAAUAAUUAUUAAAUCACGCUGUUAGUGUGAUGGGGACCUUUGGACCCGGCAUGGCUCAGAACGGGUUUUAGUUUCAAGUUUUGUACAUUUUGUAAUAAUAUUACAUAUUAAAUUCUUACAUGAUUUAAAUUUUUUGUGAUGGGGUUGGGGAGGACUGUUAAUUUGAUUGUCUCUGGCAUUGUCGAAUUACGUUAAAAAAUGUUACCAUUUACAAACAAUUUUUCUGAACUUGUUCUUUGCAAGGCGUAUUUUAUUACACGGUCUAAAAUUAACUAUCUAUUAUAUUAACUAAGGUUACUGAAUUAAUUCAGAAUAUUGUUUUUUUGUCUGUGGCACAUGGUGGUUCGUACAAAAAACCAGAUACCAUAGACAAAAAUUGGGAAAACCGAAAUUCGCAAAUUCCAGGAAUCUUUCUCUUUUACUCCAAUGAAAGCGUAAUUAGAGUGACUUAGAAAGAAGCCCGCAAUUUCCGAACUUUGAUUUUCGCGGUUAGAGCUCUGAAUUCAUUCAAUGCCAUAGAUAUUACGAUUUUUAAUUUAAAACAGCCAUGAGUUCAAAAGUUCAUGUGAUAGUCAAAAAGUUAUCAUUAAAGUUCCAACUAUUUUGAUUACAUUUUGUAAUCAAACAUUUUUUAAAUUGUAAAGGGGUGUUCAGACGCGUCGUAAGAACGUUCACAUUGUAAAGACUAUACCGUUAGAAUGUAUGAAUAAUCAUCGGUGUUUACGAUCCAUAUUUAAACGAUACGAUGAAUAUAAAGUAUUUAUUAAAGUAA